AAGAGUUCUAAGGAUAAACCAUACAUGGUAGCUCUGGAGAUAGUGUCCUCUGAGCAGAGCUUCAUAAACAUCUUGAAACUACUGGACGAGGACUUUCCGAAUUUCAUCCAAUCAGAGAGAGCCUGUGGGAGAAUGACGGAAGGGCCGGCAGACGUUAGAGACAUCAUCCGUCACUUGGGCAGUCUGAGGCAGUUCAGCGAGGAACUCCUGGCGAGAUUGCGAGAUCGUGUCAAUAGUUGGUACGACCCGAGAAUUGCAGAUGUUUUCGAAAAAACUGGCCACUUCUUAAAACUGUACAGUAACUACAUUAGAGAUUUCAGCGCUAUGACUCAGGACCUAGACAACGCAAGGAAAAAAUUUCCUGAAUUUGAUAAGGCUGUACUUGAAUUUGAGAGCUUACCACAUUGUCACAAGUUGCCUUUGAAAUUUUUUAUGCUGAAGCCGGUACAGAGAAUACCGCAGUACAAAUUGCUAAUACAAGAAUAUUUGAAGUCUCUGAAUCCAGCAUCACCUGAUUAUGAGAAUGCCAAAAAAGCCCUACCAGUAGUGACCAGUGCCUCUGAACACGCCAAUGAGAGCAUCAGAAACUAUGAAAACCAGAGUAAAAUGCUUGCAAUACAGAAUUCCCUGGCUAGCAAUGAUAUCAUCAUUGAACCUGGAAGGAAAUUCAUAAAAGAGGGGCAGUUAAUGAAACUUUCAAGAAAAGACAUGCAACCUAGAAUGUUCUUUCUGUUCAAUGACAUAUUGUUGUACGCGAUAGCCCAUGGUUACAAUAGCUACAAGGUCCGCAAUGUCAUAAGCCUCAAUGGUCUGACUAUUAGUUAUCCGGAAGUUGAUGAGUUCGAAACCGAGUUCAACAUCAUCGCCGUCGAAAGAUCAUUCACAGUGGCCGCCAGCUCCAAGCAGGAGAGAGCAGAAUGGAUAGAAGCAUUUGAUAGGGCACUUUUUGAAUACGAAGGCGUCAUUAACAGUCAACAAAAUUCAUCUUCAAUCGUCGGUAGAUCUGACGUUCAGUUUAAAGUCGGCGAGAAAGCUCCUGUCUGGGUGAAAGAUGACCGCGUGUCGAAGUGUAUGGUCUGUGGCAAGGGUUUCAGUAUGACCUUCAGGAGACAUCAUUGCAGGGGCUGUGGGAAGGUGCUCUGUAGGCACUGUUCGGAGUGUGUGGCCCCAAUGAAGUACAAGAACUACAAGCCAUGCAGGUGCUGUCUCGAAUGUUACGAUGUUCUUCUUGAAGGUCGAGGUUACAAAACAUUACUACACCACCCAACAACCACACCACACUACAACCACACCAUUCAACAACCACACGACGCCACACUGCAACCACUACCACAGGUAACAGCGGACGACACAAACUCGCAAAUGAACGGCUAUCUCCUACAGAUCAGAAACAAAAAGUGGAAGAGGUACUGGUUCGUCCUGAAAGAUUUUGUGCUGUACGCCUAUGAAGCAAGCAGGGACACGACGGCCCUCUACUCCACCCCCCUCUUGGGCUACAUGGUGCAGAGGAGUGCCCUAUUGCCUCACACUUCGGUCUAUUGUUGUUGCCUUCCGUUGUGCAUGUCAUGUUCAUGGUGGUGA